AUGACCAAGCUCACAAUUCUAGCAGGCUUAUGUUUGGUGAUCUGCCAGCUCGGAUCUGCCACCGACAUGGUGUGCUACUUCACCAACUGGUCCCAGUACAGGCCCGGACAAGGGAAGUUUAUGCCCCAAAAUGUGGACCCCUUCCUGUGCACCCAUCUGAUCUAUGCCUUCUCCAUCAUCAACUAUGCCAACGAGCUGGUCACCUACGAGUGGAAUGAUGACGUCCUAUACAAGUCUUUCAAUGAUCUAAAGACAAAGAAUCCUCACCUGACGACUCUGCUGGCUGUUGGUGGUUGGAACUUUGGCUCAACACAGUUCACCAUCAUGGUGUCCACUGCUGCUAACCGUCAGAAGUUCAUCCAGUCUAGCAUCAAAUUCCUGAGGACUCAUGGAUUUGAUGGUCUUGAUCUGGACUGGGAGUACCCUGGAGCCCGUGGAAGUCCCCCAGAGGACAAACAGAGGUUCACUGUGCUCUGCAGGGAAAUUGUUGAAGCCUAUAAAGCUGAGGCCAAGUCCACCGGCAAUCGGCAGCUCAUGCUCACUGCUGCAGUGGCCGCUGGAAAAGAAAACAUCGAUGGUGGUUAUGAGAUUGCCGAGAUCGCCAAAGAAAUGGACUUCAUCAACGUGAUGACCUACGACUUCCAUGGAACCUGGGAGACGUUCACAGGACACAACAGUCCUCUGUAUCGUGGCUCAAAUGAUGCUGGAAACCUCAUUUACUUCAACACAGACUUUGCUAUGAAGUACUGGAGAGACAAUGGUACCCCAGUGGAGAAGCUGAGGAUGGGAUUUGCUACUUAUGGUCGUACCUUCCGUCUGACUUCAUCAGACACUGGUGUUGGAGCCCCAGCUAGCGGCGCUGCAUCAGCAGGUCAAUUCACACGUGAAGCUGGAUUCUGGUCCUACUAUGAGAUCUGUAACUUUUUGAAGGGCACCACAAUUCAGUGGAUUGAGGACCAGAAAGUCCCCUAUGCAGCUAAAAACAACGAGUGGGUAGGAUUUGACAAUCAGGAGAGCUUUGAGACCAAGGUGCGCUACCUUCAGGAGCAGAAGUUUGGCGGUGCCUUUGUGUGGGCUCUGGAUUUGGAUGACUUUGCUGGACAAUUCUGCGGUCAGGGCGCCCACCCUCUAAUGAGUCAUCUCCGUAAACUACUUAAUAUUGAGCUUCCCCCACUGCCUCCAACCACCACCCCCAGACCUGGUGCUAGCACCACCUCCACUACCACCACCACCACUACCACUACGCAUGCACCAGGACCCGGCCUCUGCAAUGGCAAGCCUGAUGGCCUGUACGCCAACCCAGAUAACAAGAGCAGCUUCUACCAGUGUGCAAGUGGCGUCACCUACGAGAGGUACUGCGGAACUGGAACUGUCUUCAGUGUAAGCUGCCAGUGUUGUACCUGGCCCUGA